AUGGGCGGCAACACCAGCAAGGUCACCGCCCAGGACAAGGCGAUUCUCGACCUCAAGAUCCAGCGCGACAAGCUGCAGCAGUACCAGCGACGCAUCACGACGCUGACGGACAAGGAGACGGACGUUGCGCGGCAGAUGCUCGCGCGGGGCGACAAGGCGCGCGCGCUGCUGGCGCUGCGGCGCAAAAAGUACCAGCAGGGCCUGCUGUCGCGGACGGACGCGCAGCUGGCGCAGCUCGAGCAGCUGACGGCGAGCGUCGAGUUUGCGCAGAUCCAAAAGGACGUCGUGUUUGGGCUGCAGCAGGGCACCCGCGUGCUGCAGGAGAUCCAGAAGGAGAUGGGCGGCCUGGACCACGUCGAGAAGCUCAUGGGCGACACGGCCGAGGCCGUCGCCUACCAGAACGAGGUCAGCGAGAUGCUCGGCGGACGCAUCUCCCGCCACGACGAGGACGAGGUCGAGGACGAGCUGGCCGCCAUGGAGAUCCAGGUCCGCGGGCCGGCCCCGGUAGAGCAGCAGCGCCUGCCAGAGGUGCCGAGCGCGAAGCUGCCGGAGCCAGAGCGCCGCGUGUCGGAUGAGGUACCGGUGCGGGAAACGAGACAGGCGAUGCUGGCAGAGUAG